GGUGUGAAGUUUGGCACUCUCAGUUGGGACUCUACCCCGGUGGGCCGUGGAACGAUUUGUGCUGACACCUUUUUUGUAGCGGAAAGAACAGGAUUGGAGGAAAUCAGCUGAAGCCUGGCCAAAAUGGCCGAGAAGAAAUUGAGCCUCCCUGCUAAGCUGAUUAAUGGGGGCGUGGCUGGACUGGUGGGUGUGACCUGUGUGUUUCCCAUUGAUCUUGCUAAGACCCGCCUACAAAACCAGCAGGGAGCUCGUGUUUAUAGUGGAAUGCUGGACUGUUUGGCAAAGACGAUCAAAAUGGAGGGCUACUUUGGCAUGUAUCGAGGCGCAGCUGUGAAUCUCACACUCGUAACUCCAGAGAAAGCCAUCAAACUGGCUGCCAAUGACGUCUUCAGGCAGAAGCUCUCCAAAGAUGGAAAAUUACCUCUCUGGGGGGAGAUCCUCGCAGGCUGUGGGGCAGGAACCUGUCAGGUGGUAGUCACCACCCCCAUGGAAAUGCUAAAAAUACAACUGCAGGAUGCUGGCAGGUUGGCUGCUCAACGGACUGUCACUGCCUCUGCCCCUGCCUCCGGUCCGACCCCCUCCUUGGUUGCUUCGCAGACGGCACAUCCAGGCACCAGUGCACCACCUCGGCGUUCAGCCACCCGGAUCACAGCGGAGCUCCUGAAGACCCGAGGCCUCAGGGGGCUUUAUAAGGGUGCAGGUGCUACACUGAUGAGGGACGUCCCGUUCUCCAUGAUCUACUUCCCUCUGUUUGCCAACCUCAACGCUGUGGGCCGGGCAGAGGAUUGUAAAGCCCAGGAGCGGGCGCCAUUCCUGCAGUCUUUCAUGGCCGGUUGCACGGCAGGCUCAGUGGCGGCGGUCGCUGUCACUCCUCUUGACGUUAUAAAGACUCGUCUACAAACAUUACAGAAGGGAGAAGGAGAAGACUCAUACAGAGGCAUCAUUGACUGUGCACAACGUAUUUUAAAGCGAGAAGGGCCCUCAGCGUUCCUCAAGGGAGCGACGUGUCGAGCGCUGGUCAUCGCUCCACUUUUCGGCAUCGCUCAAGGGGUCUAUUUUCUGGGUGUUGGUGAACACCUGAUUGGGCUACUGGGAUAGCGGCUGAUGAUGUCAUACAGUACUGUUUCUACAUGGGCCAAGAGAUGAAGAAGGAAACAUUGAUUUAUUGAAAUGGUAAAUAUGGAGAGAAAUUGACACACCAACCAAAGGACUUUCAGCAACUUUGGGAGAAACACAAGAAGGUUGUGUAACGCUAACAUUAAUACACACUAAACUAAUCAAACUAAGUACCUAAAAACUGUAAAGGGGAUUCUUUAGGUAAAGCAGGGUCCUGUUUUGACUAAUCUGGAAGGUUUUUUUGGCCACAGUGUUGAAUUAAUGUAGCUUUGUGUCUAAAGCCCAUAAUUCCAAUCAGUUUUAAACCAACAUUAUUAGUGAUGAUCGAUUCUUAAGUUGUGAACAGGGUCAGUGUGUAUUUAGAUCGAAUCGAAGUUGAGUUGAAUCUGAAUCGUCUAAAAUGUUUUGGUUGGCUCACUAAUGCUGAAUCAGACUUUUUAAACAGCAAAAAAAUUAGAAAUGUCCAUUAUGUUAAUAAAUGCAAUCAGUUAUAAACCAACAUGAUACAUUUAUCCAUACUGAACAGGGUCAUUGUGUAUUUAGAUUGCAGAAAGAAGACUUGAAAUGAAGCUGAGUUGAAUCUGAAUCUUUUAAAUUUAUGUUUUGGCUCGCAAAUGCUGAAUCAAACUAUUUAAACAGUAAAAAAUAUGCAGAAAUGUCUAUUAUGUCAAUCAGUUUUAAUACAAGACGAUACUUGUAUUCAUCGUGACCCAGGUCAGUGUGUAUUCAGAUUGUGAAAAGAAGACUUGAAGUUUAGUUGACUCUGAGUCUUUUAAAUAUGGCAAGUAACAGAUUUAAACAGCAAAAAAAAAAUGCUGAAAUGUUUUUAAAACAGACUUUAUUAGCCUUAAUCCAAUAUUAUUCAUAAUGAUUUAUUUAUUUGUUCUGAACAAGAAUCACAUAUAUUUAGAUUGCUGAAAUUUAAUUUCUAAAUGUUUUUGUUUCUACUUAUGAAUCUGACCUUUCAAUAGGAAAAAAAACUCUGCUGAAAUGUAUUUGAAAACACAAUUAUGAUCAAUUUUGAACCAACAAAUGAUUCUUUUAUCCAUUAUGAAAAGAGUCGAUGUGUAUUUGGAUUGCAAAAAAUGACUUGAAUCGAAGUUGAGAUAAAUCUGAAUCUUUUACAUGUACGUUCUGGCUCUCUUCCAUAGAAUCAACCCUUUAAACAGCAAUUAAUAUGCAAAAAUGUGCAUUUGGAUUGCAAAAGAAAGAUUUGAAUCAAAGUUGAAGUGAAACUGAGUCUUCUAAAUGUACAUUCUGGCUCUCUCCAAUUGAUCUUGUUCUGAACAGGGUCAGUGUGUAUUUAGACUGAAGAAAAAAAGGCUUGAAUCGAGUUGAAUCCAAAUGUUUAAAAUGUUUUGGUUGGCUCACAUGCUGAAUCUUUUUAAACAGCACAAAAUGUGCGGAAAUGUCCAUUAUGUCAAUAGAUACAAUCAUUUUUAACCAAUACGAUAGAUUUAUUCAUUGUGAACAGGGUCAUUGUGUAUUUAGAUUGCAGAAAGAAGACUUGAAAUGAAGAUGAGUUGAAUCUGAAAUAUUUAAAUGGAUGGUUUGGCUCGCUAAUGCUGAAUCAGCAAAAAAAAAAAAAAAAAAAAAUGCUUAAAGUUUUUUAAAACUGACUUUAUUAUCUUUAAUCCAAUAUUAUUCCUAAUGAUUUGCUUAUUUGUUCCGAACAAGAAUGACAUAUAUUUAGACUGCCGAAAUUACAUUUCUAAAUGGAUGUUUUUGUUUCUACUCUUGAAUCUGAGCUUUCAAUAGGAAAAAACCUGCUGAAAUGUCUUUCAAAACACAAUUAUGUUCAAUUUUGAACCAACAUGAUUCACAAAGGAUUCUUUUAUCCAUUAUGAAUGAGUCGAUGUGUAUUUGGAUUGCAGAAAAUGACUUGAAUCAAAGUUGAGAUAAAUCUGAAUCUUUUACAUGCACGUUUUUGGCUCUCUUCCAUAGAAUCAACCCUUUAAACAGCAAUUAAUAUGCAAAAAUGUCCGUUAAAUCCUUCAGGUAUAAUCCGUUUCAAACUAGCAUGAUCUGUUAUAAAAAGGAAUAAUGUGUUUAGAUUGCACAAAAAGAGUUGAAUCAAAGUUGAAGUGAAACUGAGUCAUCUAAAUGUACAUGUUGGCUCUCUCCCAUUAAAUAAGCAACAAAUCUUUAACUUAAAGUCAGUCGAUACAAUUAGUUUUAAACCAAAAUGAUUCAGUUAUGCACUGUGAAAUAGCUCGGUUAGAUUGUAGACAGAGAACUGAAUUAAAGCUGAAUCUGAAUGUUUUAAAUGUAUCUUUUAGCAUUAACAGUUGAUUCCGACACACACACACACACA